AUGUCCGACCAAGACAGAUCUAGCGCGCUGGCUGAAGCCUUUGGCUCGGGGAUUCUGGAUUCUAUCCAAGAAUUCUGGUUCCAGCAUUUGGCAGACGAGACACACAUUGUCGUUCCAAGCACCGAAGACAUGAAAGUGUGGUUUAUGGAUAAGAGCGACGAGUUUGACUCUUUUUGUCGCGACAAAUACGGCAAUAUACUCACCAUCAUCAAAACUUCCUCUUCAACCCCCGAAGAAAUCCUCGCCGCUGCAAACCCAACUACAUCACUGAAUUGGAUGUCGCUAAUCAUCCUUUUGGACCAAUUACCGCGAAACAUCUACCGCGGCACCUCGGCCUCAAUCAUCUCACACACUUUCGACCCACUGGCCCUGGCUAUAGCACUAAAAGCCAGAGCACAAUACAUUCAUCUUGACCCUUCGAUCCGGUAUAGACUGAGCUACCGCCUGUGGGUCUUUAUGCCCUUUGAACACGCCGAAGAUUUGGAGAUGCAGGAGAUAAUGGUCAGAGAGCAGAGGGCCAGAUGGUAUGAUAUGCAAGACCACUUGCUCAACAACAAAGUGACGACCCAAGACUCUGAAAUCACAAAAUACUGUCGAAGCGUUGUGAUUUCGAAACAAGAAGAAUUGGAAACUUGUACGGGACUGUUGAAGAAGGCGGUGGACGAGCAUUAUGAGGCUAUCAAACGGUUUGGAAGGUUUCCGUAUCGCAACAAGACGUUGGGGAGAGAGACGACGAGGGAAGAGCAGGAGUUUCUUGACGCGAUGUAG